AUGGACGCGCACAAUACCGAAGCGAAGACCAGCAGUCCCACCCAAGCGGACCUCGCAGACAUCAAGAUCAAGGAGAAAGAAAAAGACUGCGCGACCAGUGUCAGAAGAACACGCGAACGACUGCUUAAGCUGCCCGCAGAGCUGCAAGAGCUCAUCGUCAUCCAGCUCAUCGCUACUUUCAGCCCACACACUUUUGGCUUCUGCAAUGAUGCUGAGCUUUCCGCCAUGGCCACUGUCGUCCUCAAGAUGCUUCUGAACGCGAGGCCGAAGCCAAACUCUUCAGGAUACACACUCGAGGGCGGCAGCAAAGCACUGUGGGAUCUCGCACCGAUCGUCAAGGUCGCCAUCGUCAAGAACAUGCCAGCGCUGGCGAGAGCAGUUCCUGCUACAGGUCCACGUCCUGUUAUGAACCCCAUCGCCAUCAACCUCAGCCCCGGCCUCUGCAAGCAUCUACAGAGCCUCCACUUGACGAUUCUUGAGCACGCAUCUGGAAAUGCGUCUCCUUUCAUGGACGCGCAUGCCAGCAUGAAGAACCUGGAAGCCUGGCUCCCGCAACUCAAGACACUCAAGGUGGAUGUUGUGAACGUACCUGUUAUGCACCACGGAGCUGUAGUGCGCCUCUCCAAGACUCACGCCAACGACAUCGUUUACGCGCACCUCAUCAACUUCAUGAGGACGCUGACAGUCGAGGAGCGUUACAUCUGCUUCGAUACGAAGCACGGAGACUACACCAUUCAAGCCAGCGCUACCAUGAAUGGUCGUGUGAGGGAGAGGCAUGGUGUCGCAGCGUACAUUCCCAGCGCUCAAAUCGUGGCGCGGCUGCAUGCUUCUCCAAGGUGUGAGUUCUUGCUGUUGCGUGCGGUGCUCAUGAUUCAGGAUCCGCUGGUCGCGGCAAAGAAAAGCGCUUGGAUGAAUGUCGUUUGA